CUGGCUGCUUGAAGCAAACGUCAUGCUUUUAUGUGCGCGUGCGCGAUGGGCAAGGUUUGGGUUAAAGCAAUAAAACUUGGGUUGAAAUUCAAAACUUAUUCUGCAGCCUGGACAUUGUUCAAGUCCCUGUGUGAAACAGACGUUGUUCAGAGAGAGAGAGAGGGAGAGAGAAAGAGAGAGAGAUGGCGCUAGCUGGAGUGCGUGUGAUUGAGUUAGCUGGACUUGCACCUGCACCCUUCUGUGGCAUGAUCCUGUCUGAUUUCGGGGCCCGAGUGAUUCGCAUAGAUCGGACAAAGGUCUCCAUGGCGAUGGACUCACAAGCGAGAGGCAAACAGUCUGUGGCCUUGAACCUGAAGAGUCCACAAGGUGUGGUGGUGCUGAAAAAACUGUGCCUUCAGUCAGAUGUUGUUCUUGAACCCUUCCGAAAAGGUGUAAUGGAAAAGUUGGGUUUGGGUCCUGAAGAGCUGCUGAAGGAAAAUCCUCGCCUUAUUUAUGCUCGACUCACUGGAUAUGGCCAGAGUGGUUCAUAUGCCAAAGCUGCAGGACACGACAUUAACUACCUGGCCAUGUCAGGACUACUGUCCAUGUUGGGCCGGAGCUCAGAGAAGCCCUAUGCCCCGCUGAACUUGGUGGCUGACUUUGCAGGAGGAGGCCUGAUGUGUGCUUUGGGGAUCGUUCUGGCUUUGCUGGAGAGGAGCAAAUCAGGCCAGGGCCAAAUCGUCGAUGCUAGCAUGGUGGAGGGAGCAGCGUAUGUGGGUUCCUUUAUGUGGAAGUCUCGCAGUCUUGGUCUGUGGAACCGGCCUCGUGGGGAGAACAUGCUGGACAGUGGCGCUCCUUUCUAUGACACUUAUCAGACAUCUGAUGGGAAGCAUGUGGCUGUGGGGGCCAUCGAACCUCAGUUCUAUGAUCAGCUGAUCCGAGGCCUUGGAUUGGAUGCUGCCUCCCUCCCGCCACAGAUGAGCAUCUCUGAUUGGCCAGAGCUUAGGCAGACGUUCCACCGGGUGUUUGCACAGAAGACUCAGGCAGAGUGGAGUAGAAUCUUUGACGGGACAGACGCCUGCGUGACCCCGGUCCUACCUCUGGAUGAAGCCGGAUCACAUCCCCAUAAUCGGGAGAGGGGCUCAUUUCUGAAGGACGCUCAGGGAGAGGUCAGUCCUCGUCCGGCACCUGUCCUAUCUCGCACUCCGGCUCAGCCGUGUCUCUCUCGAGACCCUGUCGUGGGUGAAAACACUCGCUCCGUGAUGGAGGAGUAUGGCUUUGAUCCAGCUCAUAUCGAGCAGCUCCUGUCAGCCGGUGUAGUGGAGUGCAAUGAAACCAAAGCACGUCUGUAAGACGAUGAAUCAGCGGCAUCAGCAGUGAAUCAUUCAUUUCACACACACGCAAAAAAACUGCCGUCUUUUAUACUUACCGCCUUCAGCAAAGAACUGACGUGUUAAGAGGGAUUAAGCUCAAAAUAACCAUCCAUUCAUACAGAGGUUUUUAUCUGAGUGUGCAGACGGAUGAUUUUUUGGUCUGCGGUGAAAUGCUUUGCCUUUUAAGUACACAAGAUCUUUAGUGUGAUACGUAUUCCUGAAAUCUAAAGACUGUCAUCAGCGUAAUUAAGGCUUCAGUUUGUAGCUGAGAAUUUUCCUCCUGGAUGUUUAAUAAUAACUGUCUCCAUCCAUAGCUUGGUUUAAAUAACACAAAGAACCAGCAUGAUGUCCUCCAGAAUUAAUGGCACCUUUAGUAAAGGGAGCGAGAGAGAGGAGGGAGGGAGAGAGGGAGGAUUUUUAUGUUAUUUCUGUACGAGAGAAAGAGUAAAGAUUUUUAUCUGCCCUGUGUGAGAGAGAGAGAACUGACAUUUGUAAUGACUGAAGUGAACUAGACCACAAGUUGGCUUGCCAAUGAACAAACCUUAAGCGAUUGCCUUGUGGAUGCUGGUAUUGAUUUUGGAGGAUUUUUUUGUGUGUGUAAAUGAACAUGAUUUGGAAACGAUUCCCAUUAUCACUAUCAAUAUUGAUGCAUCUUGUAUAUUUUUGAUGAAACUGAUUGAUGAAUGACAAAAGGGGUACAUAUGUUCAUGUAUGUAACAUGUAACCUCAUAGUUAUAACCCCAGGAACAUGCAAACACGAUCAAAGUCAACAACAAUGUUCCUGGAGACUUAAUAGCAAAUGAUGAGGUUUUUUUUUCUUUCUUUUUCAGUGGAUGACAAUUUGUUUGCAUUUAUUUCAACAUGUCAAUCAUUUAGCCAGAUUGUUUGACACGGGGUUGGAGAAAAGAAAAUGUCAGAGAAAAUUCUAAUACAGUUUUUGUUAUGCUAAAAAACAUUUGUUAUACAAUGACUUUAUAUAAAGGGUGCCGUUAUUUGUGGAGUUCACUAUUAAGGAUCAUGUAAAAACAGUGAACUGUCCUGUGUCCAUUCUGUAAAUUUUUGCUUUCUAAUUUUCUGUUUUAAGAAAUGAGAUGAAAUGAACUGAUGAUUGAGUCAUGAAUAAACAGUUUUCCAUAAA